AUUCUCUACUUUGGUCUCGUUUGAACCCCACCGAUAAAAAUGGCGGACGAUUCGAGUUCCUCACCAAACCAUCUGGACUUUCAUCCAUGCGAUACUCCUCGAGGCAUGACCUACUACAAGCUACAAGAGCUGACUGACCAGCAGCAAAAGCUCCUGUUCAAUCAGAAACUGGAGAUAAUGCGCAACAACCAGAAGUACCUGAAGGACCACCCAGAGAUAAAAGCCGCUAUAGGCAUCCUAGUCAAGGCCAUCCUGAAAGCAAGACCCAAAGUGAAGCUGCGCUACUUCCUGGCCAAAUACUUCACCGAGCACUACGAAGAGAUAAAAUCAGCGAUGGAGACGUUCUCAGCAGGCCAAGAGGAAGUCAACAAUGCGAUGGAAGUGUUCGACUUCAAGCUGGAAGAUCAAGAAGAGGAAGUUCGUACUCCGUCUGACGAAUCCAAGGAGCCUUCUCUCCUCUGCAUCCUCAACGAUGAGAUGGCCUUUGGAUACCCGAAUUUGAUGCUGGACACUCAUCGUCCUACCAUCUUGGACUCGAUUACAGACGAGGACAAGUACAGGAUAUGUUGGGAUAUUUUGAAUGAUAUCGUAGAGUUCGUGUGUAAGGAUGACAUAGAACAGCAGAUCAAACAGUUCUCUGGGGUCACUUCCGAUUCGGAUCCCUUGCUGGCGUUUCCCUUUGAACCUUACUUGUCUGACGAUGAUAUCAAUGAUGCCCCAGAGGAAUGAAUUUUAAUUGGGAAUAACUGUGAAUUUAGAUUCGAUUUGCUUCGAUUUCCUUUGAUCAAUAAAUUGGGAUAUAUACCU